AUGACAGCUAGCUCGUGCACGUCGUGUAAUCGCUUGAAGAAGAAAAUCAAAACCCUUCAAAAGACAAUCAGCUGGCAUAAAAAGACAAAAGCAACCUUGCAAAAGAAAAUCCAGAGGCUAGAAGCAGAAAAUAGAACAUUAUUUGCGAGUCAACCAAGUGUUAGUACGGCAGCUUUGGACGAAGCCUACAUCGAUGAAGACAAUGAGCAAGAGUAUCUUGAUGAUGACGCCUCGAUGGAUUAUUCGUCUCUUGAAGAAUCUGGUCAGUCUGCUGCUGAGAUGGACGAAGAAAUUACGAAAAACACUGUCAGGUAAGGCUGGUAAUUUGUUGUAUAUAACUUGUCUGUAGGUUAUAUGUGAUGUCACUGAACAAUAUUGUUCCAAUCAAUAAUCUCCUCUAAUUUGUCCUACAAAACUGUGCCUUAGAAUUAAUAGCUUUUAAUUGCAAACUAAAUGAUUAUUGAAUCAAUAGUUCGACUUUAUAUUUAAUUUGAAGAUGCAUCAAUUCAUCCCCAGACAAAAUAGUAUUAAAAUAUGAGUAAAUGAACUGAUGUUUUUCUAUUUCAGUGUUGACGAAGGAACCAGUCCAUACAACGAACCAAUGUUCCUUGUACAUUAUAGUCCCCUGGUAGAGUUGUUUGGAAGAUUCUGCUUCAAUUGUAAGUCUGAAAAUCCAAAGGUUCAGGUGAAACACAUUGGGUCAAUGGCUACUGUUGUGCAGGCUUGUAGUAAAUGCCUUAUGGAAAACUUCACAUGGAGAAGUCAACCUAUGGUCAUGGGAAGAUAUGCAGCUGGGAAUAUGACUAGUUUUGGUAUCUUGAUGUCUGGAAUCAAUAUCAGCCAAGCUAUGUUGAUGUUCAGACACAUGAACCUUGCAACAAUAUGUGUACGGACAUAUCAUAUACAUCAAAGUACCCACCUAUUCCCAGCUGUCUUGAAACAUUGGGAAGUUUACCAGUCUGGUUUGAUUGAGGAAGUAAAGGACAGUGGAGAAGAAUCCCAGACAUGGUCAGGAGAUGGACGUUUUGAUUCUAUGGGUCAUAGCGCUAAGUAUGGUGUGUAUACCAUGUGGAGCAAUACAACAUCAAAAUUGGUCCACUUUGAAUUUCGUCAGGUAUAAUUUCAUUCUUAUGAUUUAUCUGUAGUCCAUGGACUCAUGGCUGAACAUGCCUGUGAUUAUUUUGCUUUGUGGAAAUCAUGGUGUCAUUUUAUUUAGCAAGGCUUUUUCCCAAAGCAAAGUAAUCAUGUUUACUGUACAGUAUAUCAAUGAAAUGCAUGUUUAGCUAAACAACCCAAACAGGAGGCAAAAGGCCACAUAGACCACCCUAUAGUAGUUGACAAUAGUAUAAUAUAAUUACUGUCGUUCCAAUUGAAGUGUUGCUCAAAUAUUGAUUCAAUACAUUACCUCGGGCUAACCAAUUCAUUUGAUCAAGUUCCUCGAGAUAUUCAUACACUUCCUGUGAAACAGCCAAUUCCAAGUGUUUGAUCAUUUCUGGUCACUUCCUUUCUAUUUAUGAUUGGUUAGUUGCACAAACAACAAUGGUGAUUGGUGCAUUCAAACUAUUCAACAGGAAGUUUACAAUUAUACUAGGAAGUGUAUGAAUAUAUCGAGGAACUUGAUGAAAUGAAUUGGUCAGCCCGAGGUAAUGUAUUGAAUCAAUAUUUGAGCAACACUUCAAUUGGAACGACAGUAAAAACAUUUUUUAUGCAGGCAAAUGAAGUUGGCAGCAGCAAUGCAAUGGAACUUGAGGGUGCAAAAAGAUCAUUUAAUUUUCUAAAUGAAUCUGGUCUUAAGAUGGACAUCUUUAUUAGUGGCCGACAUAAAGGGAUUGCAAAGUGGAUAAGGACCAAGCAAAAAGGGACAAAACACUAUAAUGACACAUGGCAUGUAAAUAAGAGUAUAAACAAGCAACUGAGGAAAGUGAGCAAAGAGAAAGGAUGUGAAAUCAAAAUAAUAUUACUCCCUCAGAUGAUAGUAAUAUACAGAGGUUUAAUUCCAUUGAAAACGAUAAUGCCAAUAAUGCUAAUAGCCCUCUGGGUAAUGAUGUAAAUAGACAACAAUCACAUGCUAGCGGCUCUCUUUUUCCUAAACUUAAAGGUUUUAAAGUAUGUCAUCUAAAUAUAGCAAGUUUGAUAAAACACUAUGAUGAGCUUUUGCUAUAUAUGCAAAACAAACUUUUUGACAUUAUAACGCUUAACAAAACUAGAUUAGAUAGUAGCGUACUAAACGGUGAAAUUGAAAUUCCUGGUUAUGAUAUUGUUAGGCGUGAUCGAAACAGAAGCGGAGGAGGUGUUGCAAUGUAUAUUAGAAGCAACAUACCAUACACCAUUCGCAAAGACCUCUUCCCUGGUAAUUUAGAGUUGAUUUGCAUAGAAAUUAAAAAAUUUAAAAGUAAACCUCAGUUAAUUACAACAUGGUACAGACCACCAAAUUCCAGCGUUGAGCUGUUUAGCGAAUUUGAAAAUUUUUUAAAACUACUUGAGGACGAAAAUAAAGAAAUUAUCAUAACCGGAGAUCUCAAUUGUAACAUUCUUGAGCAGAACAAAAGUUUGCCUACUUCUAAACUAGUUGACCUGAUUGACAUUUAUCAAUUACAGUAACACAUACAGUGUCCCACGAGAAUUACUAGUACAACAGUAUCACUACUGGAUGUUAUCCUCACUUAUUAUGGUGAUGAUAAAAUAUUAGAUACAGGAGUAAUACACCUUGGUAUCAGUGAUCAUAGUCUUGUUUAUCUGUGUCGAAAGCUCAGCAUUCCUAAGGCGCCACCAAAAACUGUCUUUACUAGACAUUAUAAAAAUUAUAAUGUUAACCAGUUUAACAACGAUCUAAGUGAGGUUUUUAGUUUGCCCUUGGAUUCAGCUAUUUUAACUGACCCAAAUGCCUUAUGGAACGACUUUAAAAAUAAGUUUUUGAGCGUCGCAGAUAAACAUGCACCAAUCAGACAACGUCGUGUCAAGAGUGAAUAUAAACCGUGGCUGACAAAUGAAAUUAAGCAAAUGAGCUAUCGUAGGGAUUACCUUAAAAAGCAAUCGAUUAAAUUAAGAUCUGCGUAUUAUGAUAAGGCUUACAAGAGAUGUAAAACAAGUUAAAUAAUCUCAUAAAAGAAACUAAACAAGAAUACUUUAGAGAUAAACUAAGCAAUGCUAAAAAUAGCAAAGAAAGUUGGCGAACUAUUAACGAAUUAUUAAACAAAAAGCCUAAAACUUCAGAGGUUAAAGAACUAGAUAUAAAUGGCCAACUUAUUACUGACGAUGAUAAAAUUGCAGAUGCCUUCAAUCAAUAUUUUUCCACAAUUGGCAGUACGUUGUCUGACAAGAUCACGGGUAACUGCACUGAUCCAAUGAACUUUGUGACUCCUCUUGAUGGUAGUAUAUUCAACUUUACAAGCAUUACACUCCAAGAAACAAUAGAUGCACUCAAUGAAAUUAAAACUAAGAAAUCUCCAGGGCUUGAUG